ACAAAGAGAAAGCAGAUUAGGCUACAUGCCUCAGCUUUCUUCUUCCUCCUCAAUCACUCAAUCGUACAAUCAUGGCAAGUGCAGGCGGAGGUAGAGGAAGGGGCGGAUUUGGCGGAGGGAGAGGUGGAAGGGGUGGAAGAGGUGGUGGUGGAAGUAGUGGUGGUGUACACGCAUUGCCCAUGGGAGCAUUAACUUGGAACGAUUUCGCAGAAGCAGAUAAAGCAAAACCAAACAGGCAUGCAUAUCCUCCAAUGGAAGAACAACCGAUCCUACGUAAACCAAACGAAAGAGAAACGAGAAUAAUUGCAAGGCAAUUAGCAUUCGUUGAAGCACAAAGGCAAACACCUUGGUGGAUUAGACCAUUAGAUCAAAAUACUCAAUUUAAACAACAAUCUACUGCUGCAAAUGCCGCUGCCAAUUCUGUGGUUGGAGGGAAUGCAGGGGUUCCAGCAGCUUCGGCAGGUGCAGCAAGUGGUGUGAAACGAUCCAGUGCUUACUUACCACGUUAUUCGGAUAAAUUCAGAAAGACGAACGGAAUCAAUAAUGGAGAAGAAGCCGAAAAGGUACUUCCUUCGUCAACCGACCUAGACAGCCUGACGUUACAAGAUGAAACAUUGCUGAAUAUGCUACAAAAACAAGCAUUUCCCAAUGGGCUAUGGCGUACAUACGUAGAAGGAGAGAACAAAAGAUACGAAAAACGGCAAGAAGCGGUUGCCAAUGCAAAGAAAAGAAGAAGUGAUUGGCGAAAGAUUGUUACUGGCGUAGAACUUGCCGGCACUGAUGACAUUUCUGAUGGAGCACAUUCAGACGAUGAGGUUGGAGAAGAUGCUUAUCAAGAUGAAUAUGAAGAUGAUGUCGAAGAUGAUUAUGCGGACAAUUACUUUGACAACGGUGAAGAUGAUGAUCAGCUGGAUGAGGGUGGGGCAGGGGAAGCAGAUGAUGCAUACGACUGAACGAUUUUCAUGUAAAUAAUUGUACUAUAUUUCAAGCUUACACGUUU